AUGGCGAUGAUGCAUCAGAGGAAGGAACCCUUAUGGUGGAGUCAAGGGCAAUUGGAACCCGGACCCGACGCAUACCAGGAUGGAUCAGUUCCACACUCACCACGGCAGCCGUUUACUCAUCAUCCAAAUAUUCCUACACCAGCAAGCGGCCAGCGGAAACAAGGAUGCCCACCAUUUGGCCACCUCCCCAUAUCAGUGCGAGGCAUUGUCUUGGUCUCGGUGAACGAACUACCAGAGAAAUAUCGCUCCAUGUAUCCGUUCCCAUUGUUCAAUGCAAUCCAAUCCAAAUGCUUCCACCCUGUCUACAACACAAACGACAACAUAGCCCUCGCAGCACCGACGGGAAGUGGAAAGACCGUCGUCAUGGAGCUCGCAAUCUGCAGACUUCUAAACGUCCUGAAAGAUGAGCGCUUCAAAGUGAUCUACCAAGCCCCAACCAAGUCCCUCUGUUCUGAGCGAUUUCGUGACUGGAAUAACAAGUUUGCAGCACUGGAUUUGAGAUGUGCCGAAUUGACGGGUGAUACGGAUCAUACUCAGCUGCGUGGUAUCCAGAGUAGCCAGAUUAUCAUCACGACACCUGAGAAAUGGGACAGUAUGACGCGGAAGUGGAAGGAUCAUAUGAGGCUUAUGCAACUUGUGAAGUUGUUUCUCAUCGAUGAGGUCCACAUUCUCAAGGAAACCCGUGGAGCUACGCUUGAAGCGGUUGUAUCGCGUAUGAAGAAUAUCGGAUCGAAUGUGCGCUUUGUGGCUUUGAGUGCGACUGUUCCGAACUCAGAGGAUAUCGCUACCUGGCUCGGUAAAGAUGCGACUAACCAGCAUGUUCCUGCGCAUCGUGAGCAUUUCGGGGAGGAUUUUCGGCCUGUUAAGUUGCAGAAGUUUGUGUAUGGGUAUCAUUCGCCUGGGAAUGACUUUGCCUUUGACAAAGCCUGCGGAACCAAACUGCCCGAAGUCAUCACCAAGCACUCCUGUCACAAGCCUAUUAUGAUCUUCUGCUGUACCAGGAACUCAUCCGUCGCAACGGCUAAAGAGCUCGCAAAGCUCUGGACUUUGACCAAUCCACCAGCUCGACUGUGGAAGGCCCCAGGGAAACGCAUUGAAGCGAGCAAUGAUGACCUGAGAACAACGAUCACCGCCGGAGUCGCAUUCCACCAUGCCGGCCUCAGUGCUGCCGAUAGACACAUGGUUGAGAAAGGCUACCUGGAAGGACAAAUCAAUGUCAUUUGUUGCACAUCGACUCUCGCCGUCGGUGUCAAUCUACCCUGCCAGCUCGUGAUUAUCAAGAACACUGUUGGCUGGCAAGAUGGUGGAUGCAAGGAAUACUCUGACCUGGAGAUGAUGCAAAUGCUAGGUCGAGCAGGACGGCCUCAAUUCGACGACAGCGCAACAGCAGUCAUACUUACUCGAAAGGAGCGAGUUGCCCACUAUGAGCGACUGAUCUCUGGCUCUGAGAGUCUGGAGAGCUGCCUGCAUUUGAAUCUCAUUGAGCACCUGAACGCGGAGAUUGGUUUGGGGAACGUGACAGAUGUUCAAUCAGCGACCAAGUGGCUCGCGGGUACGUUUCUCUUUGUGCGGCUCCGUCGGAAUCCCACCUACUACAAGCUCAAGGAGGGGGCUAGCCAAGAGGAAGAAGAUGAAUUGCUUCGUCAAAUUUGUGAAAAGGACAUCAAGCUUCUCCAGGAGUGUGGUCUUGUCGAAAAGGAAAAGCUUUGUUCAACUCCGUUUGGCGAUGCCAUGGCUCGGUGUUACAUCCGCUUCAAUACCAUGAAGAAGUUGCUUUCUCUCAAGGCACAGGCGGAUCUACCUCAGAUUCUUGAUGUCAUAAUCCAAGCCGAAGAGUUCCACGAAAUCCGUCUCAAAGCCGGUGAAAAGCCACUUUAUCGGGAAAUCAACAAGGAUCCGGGCAUCCGCUAUCCGAUCAAAGUUGAUCUGGCCCUGCCAUCCCACAAGGUAUCUUUACUUCUCCAAUCGGAACUUGGUGCACUCGACUUCCCCGCCAGCGACCAACUGCAGAAGCAUAAGUUCCAGUUCCAGCAAGACAAACUUCUCGUUUUCGCCCACGUGAACCGACUCAUUCGCUGCAUGAUUGACUGCUUGAUUGCCCGUGAGGACUCGGUCGCCGCUCGAAGUGCACUUGAGUUGGCACGUAGCUUCGGUGCCAAAGUCUGGGACCAUUCUCCGCUACAAAUGAAGCAGAUUGAACAAAUCGGUGUCGUGGCAGUUAGGAAAUUGGCUGCCGCUGGGAUCACGGAUAUCGAGGAACUUGAAGCUACCGAAGCACCGCGGAUUGAAAUGAUUUUGAGCAAGAACCCGCCUUUUGGAACGAAACUGUUGGCGAGAUUGAAGGAGUUUCCGAAGUUGAGAGUGACCAUGAAAGUCGUGCCUACUGAGGCGAAAAAGGGCAAUGUCCAAGUUCGAUUUAAGAUUGACGUUGCUUUCAUGAAUGACAAGAUCCCCGCCUUCUUCCAACGGAAGUCGGUUUAUGUUUGCUGCUUGACGGAAACAUCAGAUGGUCGGUUGAUUGAUUUUCGUCGGGUCGGUGCUAGCAAGCUUCAAGACGGCUUCAAUGUCACACUUGUUGCAGACAUGAAAGACAUUGAUCAAUACAUUGUCUGCAAUGUUAUGUGUGAUGAUAUUGCUGGCACUUCCAGGCGAGCUGAGAUCAAGCCUGACCUGCUACCGCAUCUAUUUUCAAAGUCCUCAUCUCAAGGAGCCCAGUCCGAAGCCACGCGCUGUCCCACUUUGACUGGAAUGCGUGACAAUAUUUGGGAGAUACCCAAAUGUCCACCUCGACCCCAUGCAGCCCCAGAUGCAUUCGAUGGUGACGACCUGCAAGCGGAGGAUUUCCUCGUCACUGGGGUUAGCUCAAGCAAGCUCAAGCAGCCGGGCGAGUCUUCAAAAAGUCAAACUGAUGACAAUAACUGGUUCUUGAUUGACGACAGUUCCUCCUCUCAGGGUGCACCAGAACAGCCGCAGAAAUACCGCAGGGAUUGGACGGCGGACAUGGAACAGCAAGAUGAUGAUGCUGAUGAUGAUGAUGAGCCUGAGCCCGUCCGCCUAGCGAAUGGAAACUGGGCUUGUAUUCACAAAUGCAGAGACAAAACAAGUUGCAAGCAUUUGUGUUGUCGGGAGGGCUUGGAAAAGCCACGCAAGCCACGCAAACCCAGAAAACGAGCCACUUCAAACCACAAAGCUGGAAACCUCAAUCAAACAACACUCUCACCUACAUUUACCAAACAGGACAAGUCGGCAGAUGUCAGGAAAGGAAAGCAGCCAGCGAAAGAGCUUACCAAUAUGACUGCUGCGAGAAAAGAGGAGCGUUCCUCACAGUCAAGAUUGCCGAAAUUGCCUCUCAAAAAACCAGCCUCCAGUCAAGGCCAAAAUGGAAGCAAGAGCAUAAUCAGUCGAUCUGCUUCGACCACCAAAGGAGAGAAAUCAAUUGAGCAGCCUGUGGUGGUCUCCAGUGAUUUUGAUGACGAUGGCUUCGACGACUUGCCGCCUCUCUCUUAUAUCAUGCAAGGAUCCGGAUCAUGUAUAGGUCCAGCAGAUCCCGAGACUCAUCAGGAAAAAGACAGCGUCCUUGAUGGUCCAAGUGCUAAAGUCGAGCAGACGCUGGCACAGGAUCAACCAGACGAGCUCCAGCCUCUCCAAAUCCCCAACACUCGAGACAUCAUUGAAAUCUCAGAUGAAUCCACUCCUGAAACGGCACAAGACAUCUUAACCCAUCCCGAAGGAAUCAGAAGCUCUGUCGCGACUGCAACUCUCCCAGAUUCAAGUAGCAUCAUCAUCAACCCUCCAACCCGCAAGUCGAGCAGUUUUUGCCGAACUUCCGAAGCACGAUUUUUUGAACGAGCCGCAAGAUCGCCAUCUCCAAAACGCCUGCUCCCUGCACUCAAUAUCAGACAUACUCUCACCCACCUGGAUCCAAUUUCCGCUGUUGAUCUUACGUCAAAAGUCCACGCACAUCGAACACCGACCAACAGUUCAUCUGGCUGGGACGAUGUCGAUCGACUAUUGUUGGAGGAGUUCAAGGACGUUAUCAACCAUUAUUAG